GGUUAUGCGAAGUGGCACCUGUAAUAAUUUUUAGAUUUCUGUGCAAACUUUUCACGUUGCAUCAUGUGGAUCCAGGUGAGAACGUUUGACGGGAAGAAGUGCGUGCGAGUUGACAGCUUGUCGAAGCUGACGAAGGUUGAGGAACUGAGAGAAAAGCUGGUGGCACCGUUCGAUGCGCCCCCGGAGAGACAGAGGUUGUUUUACCGGGGAAAACAGAUGGAAGAUGGCCACUCGCUGUUUGACUACAGUGUGGGUUUGAAUGACCUCAUCCAGAUAAUGGUGAGGAACCCCCAGCCUGUAAAGCAAACCUCUGAGGACAAGACAGAUGACCCCAAACGUAAUAAUGGCUACUCAAGCAGUGGGGAGGAAAGCAACUCUUCUGACAAAGAAAACAAACAGCCUAUUGAAACAAAACCCUCUACAAGUCAAAAUGAAGCCAUGGAAACUGACGAGGAGGUGUUGGGGACUGAAGGAAGUUUAUUUAAGAUUGGAGAUAUUGUGGAUGCUCGUGACGUUACCAUGGGAGCAUGGUUUGAAGCGAAGAUCAUGAAAAUCAGACGGGCGGAACCUGAUGAUGAUUGUGAAGAACCUCUGGCCACACCGUUAGAAAGUUGGGACGAUGAAAAUGUGCCAAAGUUAUCUGAAACAGACAACAAUGUUACAAAGAGCGAAACAGAAAACAAUGUGAAAACAGAAGAGCAAAAGACCUCUGCUUCAGAAAUUGAAACAGAGGAGAACUCCAAACAGGGAGACAACCCUACAAGAAGUGAUAUUACUGACAAAGUCACAGAAAAUUCAGAAUCCAAACCAGCUGAUUCAGACAAAUCCAACCCAGACGAAGUUAAAAAGGAAAACCUAGAUGAAUCAAACAAUAACAAUGUAGAUGAAUCAGAUAAAGUGCAGCAAGAGUUGGAGAAUGUGUUGAAAGAAACAGUGGUUGUUAAAUCUGACAUUACAUCUACAAAACCUGCCAUACAUGUGUGUGAUACAAAUGAUGGCUUUGUCUAUUCUGUGCAGUAUGAAGGAUAUGAAGAUGAUGAUUUGACAGACGUCCGAAGCAAUCACCUGCGACCUCGUGCUAAGACAAUGGUAAAGCUGAGCGAUGUGGAAAUCGGCCAGAAAUUGAUGGUAAACUAUAACUACGAUGAGCCGGAUCAAAGAGGUUAUUGGUAUGACUGCGUGGUCACAGGUAAACGUGAUACACGCACCAUCAAGAGGCUGACCGGCACGGUUUUUUUAGGAAAAGAUCUGAUGCCUCUGGAGAACUGUAAGAUACUGUUUGUGUAUGAGCUGUUCAAGAUUGAGAAGGUUGGAGCGCAGAUUAACCAGUCUGAUAUUGACAAGGACCCCAGCGCGUCACCUGUCAAGCGUCAGAACAAGCCUGAGUGUGACCAUUGCCUUGACAACCCACGCAGGAAGUGUAAGUUCUGUGCAUGUAACAUUUGUGGGGGUAAAGAUGACCCUGGGUCACAGAUCUUGUGCGACGAGUGUGACAUGGCCUACCAUCUCCAGUGUCUGGAUCCCCCACUGGAAAAGAUCCCGGAAGAGGAUGAGUGGUACUGCCCGACGUGUAAGAAUGAUACCAGUCAAGUGGUUAAGGCCGGAGAAAAACUGAAAGAAAGUAAGAAGAAGUCCAAGAUGGCAUCGGCUACAGCAACCACGAGUAGAGAUUGGGGAAAGGGUAUGGCAUGUGUCGGAAGAACCAAGUGUAGAAUUGUGCCUCCAAACCAUUUUGGUCCUAUCCCUGGUGUUGAAGUGGGAACGCUGAAGUUCAGAGUACAGGCGAGUGAGGCAGGGAUUCAUCGCCCGCAUGUGGCGGGAAUACAUGGACGUGAGGAAGAAGGGGCGUACUCUAUCGUCCUGUCUGGGGGCUAUGAGGAUGAUGUGGAUCGAGGGGAUGAAUUUACAUACACUGGAAGUGGCGGCCGUGAUUUGUCAGGAAAUAAGCGAACAGCUGAACAGUCAUGUGACCAGAAACUGACGCGCAUGAACAGAGCGCUAGCGAAAAAUUGCAACGCUCCUCUAGAUUCAAAAACUGGAACAGAGGCGAAGGACUGGAAGGGGGGUAAACCUGUUCGGGUAGUGCGCAACUGUAAAGGUCGAAAACACUCCAAGUAUGCCCCAGAGGAAGGGAACCGAUAUGACGGAAUAUAUAAGAUUGUGAAAUACUGGGCAGAGAAAGGAAAAUCUGGUUUCCUGGUAUGGAGAUAUCUGCUGAGGAGAGAUGACCCUAGCCCAGCUCCAUGGACAAAAGCUGGCAAAAUCAGGUCUGCAGAACUAGGUCUGGAAAUGCAGUAUCCAGAAGGCUAUCUCGAAUCUCAAAAGGAGAAACAGGAAAACCUGGAAAGUGCUAAGAAGGGGAAAGGAAGGAAGAGAAAAUGUUCAGAAUCGGAUUCAUCCCCUCGAAAUUCUCCUGGGAAGAAAGCUAAAGUUGCGGAGUACAAGGUUUCCAAAGAGGUGAAGAAAUUCAUUCAGGAGGAUAAAAUGAACAAGAAGGUUUGGGAUGAGGCUCUUGCAGUCACAAAAGAAGGAGGAAAGGUGUUCUUGGAGAAGGUGGAGGAGCUAUUGCUGUGUAUUUGCUGUCAGGAGCUAGUGUAUAAACCCGUCACCACAGACUGUCAUCACAAUAUCUGUCUGGAUUGUUUGAAGCGUUCCUUCAAGGCAGAGGUGUACACCUGUCCAGCGUGUAGGACGGAACUGGGCAAGGACUAUAGUAUGCCUGUGAACAAAGCCCUCAAAUCUGCACUAACAACACUCUUCCCCGGUUAUGAAGCUGGCAGAUAAGCUGGGUCAUUCAGAGGACAGAAAUCUUGCUCAUUGUUUACAGUUUUAAAUUUAACUUAACCACAUCAGCGAACAAUGGAGUGUACAAUGUAGUCAUUACCUCAUAUUCAUUGUAUUUUUUGGUCAUUUUGCUGUGUACAGCCAUUUUUUCCUGUCUCAACCAAUGAAGUUCAAGGAUUUGUCAUGACUACUGCUCUGCCUCAACAAAUGAAGUUUGGUUUUUUCUUUUAAUGUUUUCUUUUUUCUUAUAUUUUGAAGAAUAUGGUUCAACACAUUUUUAUUGCAUUUGUUAAUUCACAUUGAUGCAUUUAUUAAUUUAGACAUUUUCAUGAUCAAUUUUGGCUUUGCUUAGUUUCUUAGUUCAAUAUCAUGUAAAUUUAUGUUUUAUUUUGAUUGCCAUUGUGAAAGUGACCAUACAAUCUCAGCAACAUUCCUCCCUAAAUUUUUGCUUUGUUUUCAGAAUAUAUAUUUUAAGGAUGUCAUUUUUUUAUGCAAUCAGGCAUUUUUAUGAAACCAGCUAGUGAUGUCUAAUUUUUUAGCAUGGCAUAUCUUGUACGGAUUGCACAUAAUUUUACCUCAUGUUCUGCUUUAGGACGCGUGUAAUUUUGAACACAUCUGUAUAUUUACACCAGAAACAAAAAUGAUAUAUCAAGCUUUCCACAGAAUGUGCAUGUUUGUAUUAAACACCUGUUCAAAAAAGAGAAUGCUAUCAUUUUGAGGGAAAGAUAUAUAAAGUCCUGGAUGCCUUCUUCUGGUUUUGGAUCAGUUUAACAUUUAAAAAAGUACAUCUAGUUUGUAAGAAAUCUGACUAGUUCAAGGAUAAAGUUUUAUAUCAUAGUUUUAAUUUUCAUCGGAUUUACAACUUAUUACCCCUCAGAUGUGCAUCUUUUAAACUGGAAUGUUACCAUAUAUUGUUUGAAGAUCUGUGUCAGCCUUUUAAGUUUACUUCUCUCUCAAAAAGGUAACUGGAUUUGUUUAAAGCAGGCAUCUUAGUUUUAUUUCAGUAUUGUGUAAUCAAGGGUAUGCAUCUUCAUAUACAUCCUUAUUAUGUUUUUAACCGUCGCGUGAUGUUUAGUGGGUAACUUUACCAAUGACUUUAUCUGAUCUGAUAUGACUUAACCUCAGUCUAACAUUCCUGGUAUAGCUGUUAGCGAUGAGUUCAUCUGUACUUUGCACUGACGUUUUUAACAGAUAUUUGACUAAAAUAUUUUUGUUUUGUUUUCUGUAGGUGAUUUUUAGAAGACAUGAGAAAUAUAAAUACAGCCUGUCUAAUAGAUUUAGUAGAUAUAGUGUGGAAAUCACCAAUUUACCACGUUUUAACCAUUUAAAAUACAAAAUAUCAUGACAAUAAACUAUGUUGUAUAUAUAUAUAUAUGGUUGAAUUUAUAAUUAAUCUACGUUCACAUUCUAUCCUUGU